UAAAAGCUCUCGGUGAGGAAAUUGCGUUUUCUUUCUUUCUCCUUUCAAGGAAACCCACCCAAGAACAGGAAGAUCUUCAUCCACAAAUAGUAAAGGUUAAAUAAAAACAAGAUGUCCUACCUGGCACCUAUGUUGGAAAUUGGUGGACAAGGUGGCAGUCCGUUUGAUUUAACAGGUGAAGACAAUGGAGCCACACUGAGGAAGAUAUGGGUGUGGACUGGAGGGUGGCAAGUGAAGGCUGUGCGAGUGUGGCUGACCGACGGUCGAGUUCAGCAAUUUGGAAACGAAGGUGGACAGUUUUCAGAGUUUGAAUUCCAAGACGGAGAGCAGAUUUCCUCACUUACUCUGUGGGGAAAUGGAGCUGGAACCCGUCUUGGCGCGAUCAAGUUCAACACGACUCGCUCUAGAGAAUUCUUUGCAAAAAUGACCGAUUGGGGACUGAAAACACCUUAUCAAAUUGAUGUUGGAUCUGGAAUUUGUGUGGGUGUUUUUGGGAGUUCAGGUUCAGACAUAGAUUGCAUGGGAUUUAAGUUCAUAAACACCAUCAAAUCAACUAAGCUAACCAAUGUCUACUACCCCACCCUUCACCAGGUCAUUCCCCAGAUCGCUACAGAAGAAAUCAAGUCCAUCACUUACACAAACGACACUGAUGUUACUCAGUCAUACACAGUUGAAACAACCAAAACCAUAACAAAGAAAUCCUCCUGGUCUGUGACAAACAAAAUAGAAUCAACUUUUAGUGUUAGUGUUCAGGCAGGAAUCCCAGAGGUUGUUGAGGUUUCUACGGGUUUCAGCUUCACAAUGGGAGUAGAAAGUUCUUAUAGCUUAGAGAACACAGAGGAGAGAAGUGAGAAACUGUCAUUUCCAGUUCAAGUUCCUCCUAAGAAAAGAGUAGAGGUUGACAUCACCAUCGGUAGAGCUACAGUGGAUCUUCCCUACACAGCAACAGUGGAGAUCACUUGUUACAAUGAUAGUGUUCUCAGGUUCAAUACCAGUGGAGAGUACAAAGGGGUCACUUACACUGAUGCAAAAACAGUUGUGAAAGAAAUAUAAGUCCCUCAAAGCAUUUAACUUUCUUCUUGUUCAUUCAAAAUUACAUCUAGCUCCAUCUGCGUCUACUGUUGUAUUGAUUUAACCUUUUGUGCUUGAUUUUAAAAUAACAACCCAAACAAACUUUACGUUAUCAUAAUGAAUACUUACUUGUUUGACUCUUGUUGUGUUUUACCUAAAAUGAAACUACUUUUUCAGAUGAAAUCCUUCAGAAUUCGACUAUAAGAACAACAUUCAGAAACACUUUGUCAAUGUCUGACUGGUAAAACCUUCAAGAUGAUGAAGAAUUAUUUGUGUAGAGCAUUUACUUUUUAAUUUUUAAUGUUUUACUAUAUACAGAUCAUUAGAAAAUUACAGUUGUUAUUAAGUUUUAUGACAUUAAAAUGUAACGUGUGCAUCAUUUAACCCUCUGUAAUCUUCUAUAAUGCCUUUAAUAAAUAAAAAAAACAACUAAAGUCUCCACAGUGAUUUAUUAUUCUACGUGUUUAGUGUCUAUGUAGGAAAUACUUAUACACAUACC